GACGGUGACAGGACUAAAUGACGUGGCAACCUGCUUUUGUAAACGUAUUACAAACACUGUUGGUAGAUCUCACGGCCAGGAAUAGCGUCACGUGGCGAAAAUCUAGUGGUAGUUGGUUCUUCGUUGCUUGGUACGUUACGUAUUAAAGGGAACCGAGGGAGAACCGUUGGGUGUCACCUACUACUACAGCUACCACGAUCUUUGCCGGUUUCGUGGAAUCGGAAAAUGGCGGAGAGAGAUGCGGCAGCGAAAGGCGGAGGAGACGGCGACGAUGCCAUUAGGGUUUGUGGUAUGCAGUUCGCGUACGAUGUUCAGGAUCCUCUCUUCUUCGACUUCAAUCUCGAACUCCCCGCCGGAUCUCGCUGCCUUCUAGUUGGCGCCAACGGAUCUGGGAAGACAACGCUAUUGAAGAUUCUCGCAGGAAAGCAUAUGGUCGGAGGGAAGAACGUUGUACAAGUUCUGAACCGUUCAGCUUUUCACGAUACUAAGCUCGUCUGCAGUGGUGACUUGGCUUAUCUUGGAGGAUCAUGGAGCAAAACCGUUGGUUCUGCUGGCGAGGUUCCUCUCCAGGGAGACUUCUCGGCUGAACAUAUGAUAUUUGGAGUUGAAGGGAUUGAUCCUGCGAGAAGGGAAAAGUUGAUUGAGCUUCUUGACAUCGAUCUUCAAUGGCGUAUGCAUAAGGUCUCUGAUGGGCAGAGGCGUCGCGUGCAAAUCUGCAUGGGUCUUUUGCAUCCAUUCAAGGUAUUGUUAUUGGAUGAGGUUACAGUUGACCUUGAUGUAGUUGCUAGAAUGGAUUUGCUGGAAUUCUUCAAAGAAGAAUGUGAGCAGAGGGGAGCUACAAUUGUAUAUGCCACUCACAUCUUCGACGGACUGGAGACAUGGGCCACACAUCUUGCGUACGUUCAUGACGGCGAGCUGAAGCGCUCUGCCGAGACAAAGGAGAUCGAAGAGCUGAAAACAUCGGCCAAUCUGCUUUCAGUGGUUGAGGAUUGGCUCCGUUCAGAGACCAAAGAUGAGAACAAGAAAAAGAAGAAACCUGCGCAGAACACAAGCCAAAGUCCAUUUGGUAUGUCCUCCAGGCACAUGGCUUAUUACCGAUAAUCUUUUUCCCUUCAAAAAUCCGACAUGGGAGUCUUUAGAUCCAUGUUGAGUAAUGGUAGCAGAAAGAGUCAAAGGACAGGUUACAUUGAAUUUUUUUUUUUAUUUUUUUUUUGCAUACUUUCCUCAUUGAAGAAUAUAUUUGAACUGUUGAGUAAAAUAAGAGUUUCUUUA